AUGAAGGAGACUCAACAGCGGAAUUCAAAGCUAGGACCUCCUCCUGGUUCUGAAAUUUCAGUGUCUGGUCCCUCUAAUGACUUAGCUCAAGAACCUGCCACAUUCUUCGAUGUUGAUCAGCUCCUUGAAUCGAGGAAUCAUCAUGCUGGCAUCGUCAAGGGCGCUUCAGAGCCAUUAGUUUCUCAGAUUGGGCCUCAAGGGCGUCCCGGUGACAAAAGCCAAGUCGCCGCUACUCAGCUCUCCGAUUCUUGCAACAACAAGGCCACGGCAGAUAGCAUGGAAAGGCAGUGCCCAGAACUCACGGACAUUCUGGAUAAGUCCCGCAGCAUUUCACCUCAAGAAGCAUCCAAAGCAAUUCAAAUGGCUCAGAGCAGUCUUGGUCAACUUGUCUCUUUGCUGCAGAGAAGCACUUCUACAUCCACUGAGGGCUCAGAUGCAUCUGAGAUCGCGGCGCUCCAAGAUCUCCUGGAAAAAGAGCAACAGAAUAACCAAAGACUCACUGGGGAUCACAGAAACCUCAUCAAGGAGUACAAAAGACUUGAUCACGCCUAUGAGAAACAAAGUGACGAACUCCACAAAACAAACGACAGGCUGAGCGAUGCUCUUCUCAAAAUAGACCAACUACGACAGUUGCUGGAAGGCGGAACUUUCGCAAAUUCUGCGAAAACAACAGACAGUGCCAUUCUUGGCAUUUGGAAGCAGCUCGCCUACAACAUUCGCAACCUGGCUUAUAUACUGGCACGUACAACAGACAUUGGGGAACUCAGCGAUACCGUCACGACGAGAUUGCGACGCGUGACUACUGAAUACACGAAGCUUUUCCAGGAUCAAGACCACAGCCACGCCCUCAUGCAGGGCUAUCUCUGGGGACUUAUUGAAGACCGUAUCUUCAAACCUGACCGGUCUGAUCGAUUAACUCGGGGUGGUUCCCAAACAACGUCCUGGAAGCUUGCGAAAGACGACAUUUACUCACAAAUCUUGUCAAAGAAAGGCAAGAAUCCAGACUAUUUGACUACCUUGGCCCAUGCUGCGCGAUGUUUUUCUCAAGUCUCAACCAUGUUCAGCAAGCUCUGGGAUGAUGAUCCUGGGUUCAUCAAACAACUUGUCUCGUGGGAAACUCAGCUUCUGCAACCAUUCUUUUUGCGUCGCUCAGCUAGAACUGACAGAACUGAAAAGAAGAUCAAUGAGCAGCUAAACGAAAUUGUCCAAUCCGCCAUCGAACUGGACAAGAUGAUGAUGUGCUCCAAGGCGUACUUCAUGAUCGAAUGGCAACCACCAGCAAAAAAGUCGCACUCCAACAAUCGAUAUGACAAGGAAUUCAUGGAAUCAGAUAUCCAUGAGGUCGAGCCUAGCUCCAAGAGUCGGGUCAAAUUCUUCAUGUCUCCUAUUCUCUUAAAAACCGGUACAGCGGAUGGUCAGAAAUAUGAUACCACAAACGUGUUGGCCAAGGCUUCUGUCGUCUGCAACUGA